AUGUCUCAAGACACUCCAUACCUAAUGGAACAAAUGAUCAAUCUCGAGGACACGGACGAAGAUUACGACACUGCGUCGGGUUUCCAGUUGGCACAGACACACACAUCCAACGAUACCCGCCUGAUUCGUGGUUACUCAGCACUAACAGAUCAGCCGAAGGCACCUAGGAAGACUGACGUGCAGGCACGAGCUCCUGAGACAGAGACCAAUGACGAUGAAGACCUGGAGCAAUAUCUUACCGAGGCCGAUGACGACGAGGACCUGGAAGAAUAUCUUACCGAUUCGGUGGGCAGCGAGGAAGGCAUUGCGUUCGAGAAUCGAGAUUGGUCGAACUGUGUCUGGGACUCGGACGCAAUCGGAGGUGAGAGCUCCUCUGAAGAAGGAGAGUCGGCGUAUGAUGGCGACACUGAAAUUUCACCUCUCGACUCUGAGUCAGACGACGACUCCGAAGCAGACGAAGAGACUGUCGAUGUUUCUUUCGAAGCCUUCCCUCCAGAAAUCCGCAACAAGAUCUACCAUUUCGCCUUGGUUGAUACGAACCCAAUUCUAGCAGUCAACGACCCCACCAAAGCGAAUAAGUGCCAGCUAUACUCAGCUCAAGGCGGCAUCCGAAACCACCCCUCCAUCAAGUCCCUCCCACGCAUGCCUGGCUUCCCCGUCCAACUCCUCAGAUGCAACAAAGCCAUUUCCAUCGAAGCGGCCAAGAUCUUCUACGGCGCCAACUCCUUAGUGUUCUGGAUCGGCAAGGCCCCCGUCAACCACAUGGACUUCUUCUUCGGACCCACCCAAUGCCCAUACACCAAUGCGCUCCAGCCUCGAAGCACCUUACCAUACAUGCUCAACAUCAAGUUGAUCGAGCUGGCCGACCACGACAGUCUUGCACAGAUCACCAAGCGCUUCAAGGAAGCCGCCAAGCAAGCACGAAAAUCUGGCGAGAACAUGGCUCUGCAGAAGCUAUACAUUCGGAAGCUCGCGUGGAAGCAGGAUGAGCUUGUCGCCGAGUUGGUUCCGAUGCUUCGCGCUCUCCGUAAGCUCAAGCCGGAGAAGUCGCUGGAGGAAAGCGGUGUGAUCGAGCUGGUGGAGUUCAUCUCGUGGGACAAGGGUGCUAGCGCCAAGCAGAAGCGGCAGGCGAAUGACCGCAACAAGCUCAUCCGGAAGGCUUUGAAAACAAAAUCAUAUCAGAUCGAGGACGACGAGGGCCACUGA